UAAAUUCCACGCGGACGAAGUCGCGAGUACAGCUAGUAUAGAAAUAACGUUUUUGUAAUUAUAUAUUUUGUUACCUAAGUAACAGUCAUACAUAUAUCAUUGUGACUGUUUCCAGAUGAAAAAUUGAAAAUAAUGUAGGUAUAUAUUAACUUCAACAACCGAUGAUAUUCGAGACUUGAAUGUAAAAAUAUUUUCAUGAUAAAGGCAAAGGAACAUAAUACUUUAUAAAGCCAAAGCCGUAAUAAAGUGAUUAGAAGAUUAUAUUUUCAAUAACUCUUCCCUUUCUUUUGCACAAUUGCCAGACAGUUUAGAAAUAAAGUGACUAUGGUAGAAUUUGGAAUUAGUUGUUUUCAAUGAAGCUCAAUAAACAACUGGUACUAAUUUUAUUUGGUGUAUUAUACCAUUAAAUUAUUAUCAAAAAUAUAUUUAUUACGUUAUAUGCAACACCGAUAAUAUAAAUUCCAUGUUUAUAACUAAAGUCGGAGUAAUGGCCUAAUUUGAUUAUAAUAACCUGGUAACACCUAUCAGUAAAUAUCAAACUCAAAAUAUAAAUAAACAAUAUGUCACACCAACUAAAUCGGUCGUAUAAUAUGUGAUCGUUGAUAUUUAUAUCGCUUCUUUUGCUAUUUGACAAUAUUUUACGUCUAUAUUGAACUUAGAAUGGGUGCAACAUGUGUUGUGGAUAAUUGCAAGCGGGAGUCUUAUCCAGGUUGCGGGAUAUCUUUUCACAGAUUGCCUCUUAAUCCAGAAUUAAGAAAAAAAUGGAUCGAUGUACUUCCUAACAAAAUAAGGCAUAAACAUCCAGUAAUUUGCAGUUUACAUUUUAAACCAGAUGAUUAUAGGACGGCUAGUCAACAAACAUUGAAAGCCUCAGCGAUUCCUUCUAUUUUUAAAAAGUAUAAAAGAAAUGUCAUAAAUAUUGGUUCAUUACGUGUUCUUGAAAACAAUUCAUCGGAUUCUGAAUCAUUUCUCACCAGCAGUGACGAUUCUGAAAGCGAAGAAGCAUAUUACACGAGGAUUGCGUCAAACACAAGCCAACCAAACUCACCAGAUUUAAUCAAACCAAUACAAGUGGAACGAUGCCAAAAAUGCAACGGCACUAUAGGAACUGAAGCAAAACACACCUGCGGCGAUGCAGUCGCACAGCACGAGAGGGGGCUCAUAAACAACUAUGUGUGCACGGGAUGUUCACAGAGCUUCGAGACAAUGCAAGUGUUUGAUUUGCAUAUAUCAGGGCUGCACAGCGAUGAUGUGGAGAGCAUGUUCUUCCCUACAAUGACUGAAUUUUUAUCAUGGAAAAAUCACAUGGAAACGCAGAUAAAUAUAAAAUAUCUAAUAUUAAGCAAGUGUAAUUCAAAGCACACAUAUCGAUGUACAUUUCUACCCAGUGAGGAGCCCACGGACAAUAUGACGGCUCUGUUCUGUCCAUCUAGCAUUGUAGUCCAAGAAUUCUCUAAAGGUAUUCAAGUUCAUUAUUAUAAGCAGCAUUUUGGACACCAGUGUUCUGCUUACACACUAAUAGAUAAAUAUAAAAAAUAUCAUAUAACAUCAUUCAUAGAAAAUGCGGCGCAUUACGAAUAUACCACGGUUGUAGAAGAGGACGAUAAAGAUUUAUAUGUACAGUUCAAAACGCUAAUGGAAUCAAUAGUAUUAGAAGCAGCGAAAGUUAAAAUUGACACGUUAAAGGUAUUUGUGGGGAAGGCGCUAGAGAUGACGACAAUGCUAACUAAUUACGAGGAAGACGAAGAAAUGACAUCACUAAUAAAAUCAAACACAUCAAAUAAAAAUAUGUCUGAUGACCAAAUAUCACAGGCAUUGCAAAACUUGCAGAACUCUAAGAUUCAUAAACGGAAAUUAGAUAAUGAUGUAGCACCUGAUAAAAAAAAGAAACGUAAUACUGACAUUACUCAUUUGUCGCCAAAAAUUGUCAAUGCAUUCUCUAUGGCUGGUAUCCAGGAUAAGGAAAAUGGUAAAAAAGAUUUAAUAGUUGAAAAACAAACGACAAUUAGUGAUAAUGAAGUGGAGAAAACAAAGCAAAAUGACACUAAGUCUGUUAGUGACGAUGAAGAUGCAAAAACACAGAAAGCAAAUAAAACAAAUAGCGAUGAUGAGGCUGCCAAAAAGGUAUAUAACUCAUUAAUGCAGUCACCAUCUUACAAUGAUACAUACAAAGAUUUUCUAGACAAGAAUUUUAAAAAAGGUACAGAAACAAAAACUAUGGUUAAGAAAGGUUCGAAUACUGUCACACCAACCGUGAAUGUUGCAAACAAAAAAGAUAACAUCUCUAAAACAAAAGCAGAUACGGCCACUAACUAUCUUCUAGUUGAUGGUGUGAAAGGUAUAUCCACUUCAAAUGUUAGUACAAUUGGAAAAACCAUUGUCAAUCAAUCAACUUCAAAUAUUGUUCCAAAACAGACCAUAAAUAAAAAAGAUAAACUAAUUACGAAGAGUGAUGUAACACCAAAAACUGAGUCUAAAAAUACAUCGCCUCUUUUGAAAACAACUGAAAUGAAGAAAACUGCUAAUGCUGCUCCAAAGUUAGUUAAAAAGCCUGUUGUUAAAACUAAAAUAGGUCAAUUCAAACCUAGUUUAUCUCCAAGAAAAUCUACCGAGUCGAAUACAUCUAACAGUGCUCUUAAUAAAUCAGCAGUGGAUGUGGAAUAUGAAGUUAUGGAACAAGAGGACGAUUGUAACAUAUUAAUUUUAAAGAUAUAGUAGUUUAGCAGUAUUGUACUAGUAUUUAAAAACGCUGGUGAGAAUGUAAAAUUAUGUAUACAUUUUCUUCUGACCCCUGUAUAUUCCUUUAGAGAGAGUUUGUACCGCAAAACUGGCAACAUUUUUGUAGCUGUCAAAAUUCAAAUAAUUUUAAUCUACACUAAAUAUUAAAGCUGAAGAGUUUGUUGAUUUGAUCGCGCUAAUCUCAGGAACUAUGGGUUCGAAUUGAAAAAAUGUUUUUGUGUUGGAUAGUCCAUUUGUCUAGGAAGGUUUUAAGCUAUAUAACAUUACGCUACGACCAAUAGGAGUGGAGCUGCGAUGAAAAAUAUUGCAAAGUUGG